GCACAGGCGGGGCCCGGAACCAAAGAGCGCGGCCCGGCUGCCGGCCGGCCCCGCGCGGGGGGAACGGAGGCGGGAGGCGGCCAGCGCGGCCCGGGCGGCGGGAGCCCCGCUCGGGGCGGCGGGACCGGCCCGGCCCGGAGCUGCCAUGGCCCACAGCCGCUCACGGAAGCGCUCKCGGAGCAGGAGCAGGAGCAGGAGCGAUUCUCGGAGCAGGCAGGAGAGGAAGGAGAAGAAAAGGAGGAAGAGCAGCAAGGACUCGCAGCGGGGCAGCAGCUCUCCACCAAGGAAGAGGAUCUCCAGUUCUCAUGGGCACAAGUCAGGCUCGGCAGCAGCCCGGGAAGAAAAGAAGAAGGAAGGAAAGGACAAAAAGAAGAGGAAGGCCAGUACCUCUUCCUCAGGGACAUCCUCAUCCACCAGCUCUUCCUCAUCUUCCUCCAGCUCCUCUUCUGAUGACUCCAGUGACAGUGACUCCAAAACAAAGAAGAGUCAAGACAGCAAAAAAAGGCGAGUGAAACAGAAAGACAAAAAGAAGAGGAAGAAGAAGARGAAAAAAACAAAGAAGAAAUCAAAAAAGAAGGCAAAGGAGAAGGUUAAGGAGGAGAAAGCCAAAGGAGAAGAGGUGCCUGGUCCCUCACURGAGCAGUGGCAGAAGGAAUCAGCAGUGGACUCUGGGCCAGCUCUGACAGAUGAACAGAAAUCCCGGAUCCAGGCCAUGAAGCCAAUGACAAAGGAGGAGUGGGACGCCAGGCAGAGUGUCAUAAGGAGAGUGGUGGAUCCCGAAACGGGGAGAACCAGGCUCAUUAAAGGGGACGGAGAAGUCCUAGAAGAAAUCGUCAGCAAGGAGAGACACAAGGAGAUAAACAAGCAAGCCACGCGUGGGGACGGGCUGGCCUUCCAGGUGAGGACAGGAAUGCUGCARUGAGGACAGGCAGCAGCCAGACCAGGAGCCUCUCCUGCUGCYCCUGCCAGCCCGGGGGGAUCCUCUGCCUCUGAAGCACACGGACAGCACCGUGUCAGGAUGUUCCCAGGGCCCUUUCCAGCCGCUCUGUAAGUUACUGACCGGGAAGGAGAGUGACUUUGUGGUUCAUCUCCCAGUAAACAGCUUCUCCCCUGCCUGUCCCAGCUGAGGCCAGUGUGGCUGUAAUGUACCUGAGCCCUGUUUGCCCCAGCACUCCUUUGGGGCUGGAGGAGCUCAGCAGCACCCAGGGGACAGGCUCCAAGGACUGUGGGGAGCAGGAGCCAAUGCUGUGGGCAGGACAGGGUGUGUACCAGGGUGACAGAGCUGGCUGCCCAUGGCCCUUUCCUUGCUGGAUGUGGCCCUUUGCUCUCACUGACCCUGCUCAGGAGUGACUGUGGUGCUCUGUGGCUCUGUUCUGCUCUGCACCCCUGGGUGCCACCCUCCACUGUGCCCCAGGGCCUCUCCCACCUUCCUGCAGCUUCACCUCCUUGGAUGGGGAGCACUGACCUGGCAGCUGCACUGGCCUUGGUGCAGRUGUGCUUUGUGGAGGGGUGGCUUUGCCUCACUCUGUUCCUGCAUGCAACUCGUGUCCCUUCCCCACAGCACGGGCCCCGGGCAGSGAGGGGGCUCCGGGCUCCUCAGGGCCCAGGGCUGCUCUGGAGCAAACACAGCAACCUUUUCCCUUGCUGGAAAAUCCAUAAAUCUACAAACURUAAAAAAAGAAAAGGACAAAUGGGUUAAAGGACAAAUGGGUCCAGCAGGAGUGAUCUCCACCGAGAAUUUCCACGUUCUGUUACAUCUCUGUAACCCCAUUAAACUGGCACCUGCUCACGUUUUAUGACUUGUCUGUUUCUAGAGUUUCCUCCCCACCCAAAAAAAAGCAGACAGAAAAGAGCCUUCCCAUUUCUUUAAUCUGUGUAACUCACAAUGAUACUGUACACAAAGCACACCAGGCAUUGGAACGAUGCACUAACAGCAAGGAGGAGAAGGAAGUUGUACAGAAGGUUUGCCACACACAAGCGAGUCAUCGGCACGGCACUGCACACACGGGGCGUACCCGGCGCCCUCGGGCAUCCCCUCCGGUGGUUCCCCACACACAGCUGGUACCCCUAGAGCAAAUUUUUUUUUUUAUAAAUAAAACUAACAUCGUUGGAAUAUAAAAUUGACAGUCGAGGGUAUCAACAGGCAGAGGGAGGGGACCGUAAGGCUUCUAGAACUAAUAGGAAAUGCAGCAAACAGUGGCGAUACCUGAAGAAGGGACUGCUACAGCAAGCACGGCGGCUGCUGGCCGGGUGGGAGSGUGGUGGUGACCCUUUGGCUGAUGUCUGCUCUCAGCUCGCGCCUCCGACUCUGUAAACGGUUUUUGGUAUUAGGAUUUCGCCUCACCUGACUGAGUGAUCUGAGCAAACCCGGGAAAACGACUCGGAGGGAAUGCACGGGCUCCUCUAAAAGACUUUAAAGGGACAGCGUCAGGUAGAAAGUCUGGCCUAAGGGUGCAGUAAUAUAAAAAGCUGCUUUUUGUAAAAAAUCUGAGCUCCGCAGCAGAGUUUGAUUCCCAUGGAAACGGAAAAGCAACCYCAAAGCCCGAGGCUGUGUUGUGCUGAUGUGCAGAACAGGACGUGGGCUGUCACCGAGGGCUGCCCGGACAACGGCCGAGGGAGGAGGACAAGAAACUUCCCAUUCUCUGCUUUCAAAGCAAACAAGUUACUCGGAACAAGGAUAAAUUAGGUCUUGAACCUGACAAUGCCCCUCUAAGUAAGGAUGGAAUAUACAUUCAUCUUCCCCUCACCGCGUCCAAAGGGAUCCUCUUCCGUACACGUGGAAAGGCAUCGGGUCACAUGCAUUGCUCUCCAAAACAGCUCAGAACAAACAGGUUAUAAACACAGAGUUGAACUAUUGCUAUUGUUCUGUGAGUGAGUAACACGUUGAUCUUUGCUUCAGAGGGAUGAGUGCCAGAUGGGGGCGGCUGAGGAUUGAGUGAUGGAGACGGGGAUGGACUGAGUCGGUGAAGAAAAACUUAUUGGCAUUAUUUCCUGGUAACUACACCCACCUCCCGUGGGAUUAUUGCAGCAAUAAAGGUUCUGCUCUACAAUUGCUUCUCCGUGUUGGAUCCGUACAAUGGCGACGGACGGGGGGCCAGGAAAGGACCCGGGCAAGGUUCAAGAAGCUCAACAAAGGAUGAGGACGGAGUGCUGUGAUUGUCAGGCUAACUGGUUAGGAGCUGUUUAAAACGUGACGUGAUGGAGAGGUGAGUAUCAUAUUGCACUUCUGCAUUCAUUGACAGUUACAUUAAACUUGGUCCAUAAAAUAAUUGCUUUGUACAUAAUGCCUGAAACAAAAAGCUACAUUUUUUUAAAUAUUAAUAAACCCUGAAGGUUCC